CAGGCCUUGCCCUGCAUGGCCCCCCCAGGAUUAGGGGGUGGUGUGUGUGAGCCUGCAGCGGCUGCUCCAUGGCAGGGAGCCCCGGGGGGCUGCCGGAGGGACGGGGGGCCGUUCGGGGCGCCCCCCCCUCAGGGCGCCUUCGCGCAGCGAGGCCCUUUUGGCCCUGCGGAGCCGCCGCCCGCGCGUCACGUGGGCGAAGCCGCUGCCAGGAGCGGCCGCGCAGGGGCGGAAGUGGGGGCGCGGGGCCCGGCGGCAUGGAGGGGGACGCUGGAGCAGCACCUGGAGGACACCAUGAAGAGCCCGGCCGUGGUGGGCGUCCUCUGCACCGACUCGCAGGGGCUCAACCUGGGCUGCCGAGGAACCCUCUCGGAUGAGCAUGCUGGCAUCAUCUCCGUCCUCGCCCAGCAGGCAGCCAAGCUCACCUCCGACCCGACUGAUACGCCCGUGGUGUGCCUGGAGUCAGACAGCGGGUGAGUUUCAAGCCUGGGGCAUGACAGCAUCACUGUAGCAGUGCACAAGCUGGCAUCCUGACCCUCGGGAACCUGUGCAGCACUCCACUCCCACCUCUGGCCCAGCUCCUCCUCACUGGACAACCACUUUCCUCUGCUGCUCCAGCGCAGAAUGUGCUUGUAGUACCAAACCUGGGCUGAUGGCUCUCCCUCUCCACUUAACAGCUUCUGUGCAGCUAUCGGGCUCUCCAACUCACAUUUUAGUACUUGUGCUGGUGAGGGUGAAGUGUGGGUCACUCACCAGCGUGUGUAAUCAUCAGAUACUACAAGGUGUAUGUGUGGGUGUGGCCUUAUUUGUUGGAGAAAUCAAUAAAUGACCUGCAAAAACA